GACUCGUUCUCCUUGAUUUUAUUGUGAUAAUUACUGCGCCAAUUAACGAAUUUCAGCUCCCAUUUGAUCACCUAACUAGGGUUCUUUUAAUUUUCGCUCUUCUUUCUAGUUGGCCGCAUUGAAAUAUAUAAUCAGUUUUCUUCCUCUUGUUUUGUUUUUCUGCUGGUAAAGAAACGGAAGAAUUACAAGGUUCGAAAAAAUUGAUUUGUAGAAUUUCAAAUGGGAUUCAACGAAGUAUAUAAGGUGUUGCAGGAAAUUUUCCCGCAGAUUGAUUCUCGAGUUCUUAGAGCUGUUGCCAUUGAGCAUAGCAAGGAUGCUGAUGCUGCUAUUGACGCAGUCCUUGAGGAGAUUAUCCCAUUUUUCACUGAAAGAUCUAGACAAAGUUGUCAGUCCAGUGGGAGCAUGAAUGUGGGUGAAUCAUCUAAAGCUCUUAUAGGUGCCAUUCCAACUGCUGGGAUUGGAGGACUUCAGCAAUCAUUUCAUGAUGCAAAUGAUGAACAUCACGAACCCUUCCAAGAUAUCAAUAGUGGUAAUCAAGAAGGAGCUGGCAGGAUACCUGGCUUGAAAUUAUCAGAGAAAUGUGAGAAAAGUAGUGCAGGGAUUAGUGCUGAUGCAUUUCAUCAUGUUGAACGGGUUACUGUGAUUGAUAAAAGUGGGGCAAAUUACAAACAAACGAAGAUAUCUGCAGACCUCGAAAGAGAGGAAAUGAUUUCAGCUGGAAACUGUCCAGAAAGCAGUAUUGAAACUGUAUCUAAUCAUAGUCCUAGUCAAACACGGAGAACUUUGGAUGGUAUGGAUGUAGUCGUCAAUCAAAACAUGAAUCUUGUGCCUGACCUUGAAGAAUUUGAUGGGUCGUUAGGUAGUGAUUCUAUUGUGGCAAUCCAUAAGGAAAACAGUGAACAAUUGGUAGUAGUACCUGAUGUGCAAGAGAGUAAUGUAAAGAAACUAGACAUAUGUUUGUCAACUGAUGCUACUCCUAAGAAAGAAGCUACCGAUGAAAUGGUUGGUAUUGAAGAUGGGUCUAUCUUGAAUGCCAGUGUGUCCCGAUCUGGACAAAUCUGUGUCAUUGAUCUUCUUGAGGAUGUCAUUGCAGAUUCAAGAAAUAACAAGAAAACCCUGUUUUCUGCCAUGGAGUCUGUUAUCAGCAUGAUGAAGGAAGUGGAGCUUAAAGAGAAAAAUGCAGAACAAGCCAAAAUGGAAGCUGCUAAGGGCAGCGCUGAUAUACUGGAUAGGAUUGAAGAGCUAAGACAAAUGGUGCAACGUGCGAAGGAGGCAAAUGACGAGCAGCAUGCUGGAGAAGUAUAUGGUGAAAAAGCCAUCCUAUCUACUGAGUUGAAAGAGCUUCGAUCUCGUGUUCUCUCUUUGUCAGAUGAAAGAGACAAAUCGCUUGCAAUUCUUCAUGAGAUACAUAAGACUUUGGAGAUGCGAUUAGCUGCAGCUGAGGACGUGAUAAAAUCUGUGCAGCAGGAAAAGGUAGAAAAGGAAAAUUCUGCACGAAAAGCACUUUCUAAUCAAGAAUUGCUAAUGGAGACAGUGGUGCAGGAGUCAAAAAUAUUGAAGCAACAGGCAGAACAAAAUGCCAAGUUGAGGGAAUUUCUUGUGGACCGUGGUCGUGUUGUAGAUAUAUUGCAAGGAGAAAUAGCUGUUAUACGUCAAGAUGUGAGGAUGCUAAAAGAGAAGUUCGAUGACCAUGUUCUGUUUAGCAAAUUUCUAUCUUCCAGCCAGACCAGCUCUAUUUUAGCUUCGUCUAGCUCAUCCUUUGAAACCUUGGUUCCUGACCAAGUUGAGCCAGUACCUGCCCAGGUCGAUUCAUUGGAGAACCCAGGGAAGAGUGAUCCAGAGCAUUGUUUUGAUGAACAGAUAUCUGAAAACAAAGCAACCCGAGAUAAUAGGAAGGAACAUAUAGUCAUAGAUGAGGGAUGGGAAAUUUUUGAUAAUCAUGACAUUGACAUGUGAGUAUGCAUGCUGAGUACAGGUUAAAGACAGACUAACGUUCAUGCUAACUUUACCUGCGUGGUUGGUUCCUGCUUCUAGAAUUUUGUUUCUUUUCCUGCUGCAUCAUUUCUUGGAAGUUCUUCUCGGUUAUCACCUCUUUUAUGAUGCAUUGGCAUGUGGAAUUUCUACGGAUUUUCUUGAUUGAAUUGUGAGAUACUUGUAGCAAUGUUUGGACUGGACAGCACUGGACACUAUUAAGAAAUAAAUGAAGACCAAAUCUUGUCAUUUGUUGUGUCGAAUUCUGUCUAACAUUUAGCACCAGUUAUGCCCUUGAGAAUUAUAUGUACAUUACGGGAAUGUAAACAAUAGAGCUUUUAUAUUUUGUGAGAGGUUCUCCAAGUUCUCAGUUUUUAGAAGAAAUUGAUCUCGGUCUCCAAUUCUUAUGUUAAGAGGAUCUUGUUUGUGUUGAUGAGAAAGAGGUCUCUUUGUCUCUUUAUCCAAUUCUGAUGUUAGAGGAUCUUGUUGUGUUGAUGACAACAGCUGUUGGCAAUCAUGUUGGUAGCCACAUUGCUCUGAACUCGUAGGUUUCUCAAAUGGCCUUUUCAUGAGUAGUGCUUAGAAGUUUUUCUGUUCUAUAUUCGCAGCCAGAGUCCAGGAAAAAACUUGCGCAAAAUCGAGGUGAACAAAUUUUUAGGUAAUGGGAUUAAUUAAUUUGUUCUU